AUGGAUAAGUACCAGCGCGUGGAGAAGCCGAAGGGGGAGACACCGAUUGAUGCGAACGAGAUUCGAAUCACUAGUCUGGGCAGAGCACGAAACUACAUCACCUAUGCGAUGACUCUUCUUCAGGAGAAAGGCUCAAGUGAAGUUGUAUUCAAGGCAAUGGGAAGAGCUAUCAACAAGACUGUGACCAUUGUAGAGCUGAUUAAGAGAAGGAUCCCUGAUCUUCACCAGAACACAUCUAUUGGAUCCACCGACAUCACAGACACAUGGGAACCUCGAGAGGAAGGCCUUCUACCUAUCGAGACCACAAGGCAUGUAUCCAUGAUCACCAUUACCCUAUCCACGAAAGAGCUUGAUACAUCCUCUGUUGGAUACCAGCUCCCGAUUCCAGCUGAGCUGGUGAAGCCAUUAGGCGAUAUCGACUACGAAGGAGGAGAAGGUUCACCUGGUGGCAGAGGGAGGGGAAGAGGAAGAGGAAGGGGGAGAGGAAGGGGACGUGGAGGAAGAGGAAAUGCUUAUGUGAACGUUGAGUACGAAGAAGGAGGUUGGGAACGUAACCAGUCGUAUGGUAGAGGAAGAGGACGCGGUGGCAGGGGACGCAACAGCCGUGGUCGUGGAAGAGGAGGGUACAAUGGUCCUCCCAAUGAGUAUGACGGUCCACAAGAUGGAGGUUAUGGUUACGAUGAACACCGUGGAUAUGAUGACCGUGGUGGUUACGAUGGUCCUCACCAGGGCGGCCGUGGUGGUUACGAUGGUCCCCAGGGAGGCCGUGGUGGGUACGAUGGUCCUCAGGGGGGACGUGGUGGAUACGAUGGUCCUCAAGGUGGUCGUGGUGGUUACGAUGGUCCUCAGGGGGGUCGUGGUGGUUACGAUGGUCCUCCACGUGGGCGUGGACGUGGACGUGGAAGGGGAGGUCGUGGAAGAGGAGGAGGAGGAGGUCGUGGUGGUGGUGGAUUCAACAACCGAUCAGAUGGACCACCAGCCCAGGCAGCUGUUUGA